UUAGACCUGCAGACUCUUCAUUCAGUUUCAGACGUCAUGGCUCAACUGGUGGAGUGUGUCCCCAACUUCUCAGAGGGGCGAAACAAAGAGGUGAUCGAUGCCAUCGCAGCAGCCGUCUCCGGCACCGCGGGCUGCAGCCUGCUGGACGUGGACCCCGGGGCCUCCACCAACAGGACAGUCUACACCUUCGUGGGCUCACCUGCAGCCGUGGUGGAGGGGGCGCUGAACGCCGCCCGGCAGGCCUUCAGCCUCAUCGAUAUGAGCAAGCACUCAGGUGAGCACCCUCGGACCGGAGCACUGGACGUCUGUCCCUUCAUCCCCGUCCAGAACGUCUCCAUGGACGACUGCGUCCACUGCGCUAAAGAGUUCGGACAGAAACUGGCAGAGAUGCUGCACGUCCCCGUGUUUCUUUAUGGAGAAGCAGCACGAAAGGAAACCAGAAGAAGUCUUCCGUCUGUGCGAAGCGGAGAGUACGAAGCUCUACCUGACAAGUUGGAACUGGAGGACUGGUCACCUGACUUCGGCCCUGCCGUGUUUGUACCGUCGUGGGGCGCCACGGUAACGGGCGCUCGCAAGUUCCUCAUCGCCUACAAUGUGAACCUGAUCGCCACCAAGGAGCAGGCGCACCGCAUCGCCCUGGACAUCAGGGAGCAGGGCCGAGGGAAAGACCAGCCGGGGCUGCUGCAGAAGGUGCAGGGGAUGGGCUGGUACCUGGACGAGGCCAACAUCGCCCAGGUGUCCACCAACAUCCUGGACUACGAGCUGACCCCCCUCCACACCGUGCACCAGGAGGUCUGCAGGGUAGCUGAGGACCUGAAGCUGCCGGUGGUGGGCUCUCAGAUUGUAGGUCUGAUCCCUCUGAAGGCCGUGCUGGACUCGGCUGACUUCUACAUCCAGAGAGACCGACUCUUCAUUGUUGAAGAGGAGCACAAAGUCCGGCUGGUGGUCAGUAAACUUGGCCUUGACUCUCUCGGCUCGUUUAACCCAAAGGAGAGGAUCAUAGAGUACAUGGUGAGGUCCCCGGAGGACCACCGGCUGGUGUCUCUGUCUCUGCAGCAGUUUGUUCAGAGUGUCGGGGCUCGAACGGCGGCUCCUGGUGGAGGAUCGGUUUCUGCUGCUGUCGCUGCUCUGGGGGCAGCGUUGGGCGCCAUGGUGGGUCAGAUGACGUACGGGAAGAAGCAGUUUGAGGAGCUGGACGGCGUGAUGAGGAGGCUGAUUCCUCCGUUCCAUCAGGCCGCGAGCGAGCUGCUGCUGAUGGUGGACGCUGACUCCACGGCCUUCAGCAGCUACAUGGCGGCGCUGAAGAUGCCCAAGAAUACCUCAGAGGAGAGGACGAGGAGAGAAACUGCCAUGCAGGAGGGGCUGCAGCGGGCGGUGGCCGUGCCCUUGGCUCUGGCUGACAGGAUCAGCGUCCUUUGGUCGCCUCUGAAGGAAAUGGUCGUCUACGGAAACAUCGCCUGCAAGUCGGACGCUCAGGUGGCCGCUAAAGCUUUGGAGGCGGCCGUUUUCGGAGCGUACUACAACGUCACCAUCAACCUCAAAGACGUCACCGACGACGCCUUCAAGAUGGCUACUCAGAAACGAGCGGCGGUGUUACUGCAGGAAGCGAAGAAGAGCGCCGCCGCCGUCCUCCUCGCUGCCGACGAGAGGAACUGAACUUCUUCUAUUUUUAUAGACGUGUUAUUGUUCUAUAUUAUUAAUAUUAUAGCCGACACUGUCUCAACAUCACUAAGUCAUUAUUACUGUGAGGCUUUAUGCAAAACCACAUAAUUACAAACAGAUCUAUAAUAAAUAAAUUAAAAAACACAUAUAUAUAUAUAUAUAUAUUAGAUGUUUUAC